AUGUCGAGGAGAAAGUUGGAGAAUAAAAGCUUUUCUGGCUUGUUAGCCACAUCUCUGAACACGCAAAUCAAGACAGAUAACUUCCACAAUUUCUAUAUGCUUGAGCCAAAAGAGCUAGGAAGAGGAAGAUGUGCUGUGGUUAGAAAAUGUAUAGCUAAAUCCACAGGCCAAGAGUAUGCAGCUAAGUUUUUAAAGAAAAGAAGAAGAGGUCAAGACUGCAAAGCAGAGAUUCUUCAUGAAAUUGCUGUACUUGAACUGAUGAAGUCUAACCCUCGAAUAGUGAAUCUCCAUGAAGUCUAUGAAACAGCAAAUGAAAUAAUCCUAGUGUUGGAAUAUGCUGCUGGAGGAGAAAUAUUUGACUUGUGUCUCCCAGAUCUGGAUGACAGAAUUGGUGAAAGGGAUAUUGUAAGACUUAUAAGACAAAUACUUGAAGGACUUUGCUGCUUGCAUGAAAACAAUAUUGUUCAUCUUGAUCUGAAGCCUCAAAAUAUUUUGCUGAGCAGUGUCAGUCCUCUUGGGGAUGUAAAAAUUGUGGAUUUUGGUAUGUCCCGGAAGCUUGAGAAUUCCAGUGAGCUGCGACAGAUCAUGGGAACAACAGAGUAUUUAGCUCCAGAAAUCUUAAACUAUGAUCCCAUUACCACAGCUACGGACAUGUGGAACAUAGGUGUCAUCUCAUACAUGCUGCUGACACAAGAAUCACCAUUUGUGGGAGCUGAUAUUCAAGAAACUUACCUUAAUAUAUCUCAAGUUAAUGUGGAUUACUCAGAAGAAACUUUUUCAUCAGUUUCACAACCUGCCAAAGACUUCAUUCAGAAACUGCUCAUAAAAAACCCAGAGGAAAGGCCCACAGCAGCAGACUGUCUUUCUCAUUCCUGGUUGCAGCAAGGGGAGUUCACCCUCUUGUGUAGCCCUGAAGAAACCUGUUGCUCUUCCCAGAUGCCAGGACACACAGCAAAGUGCUCAGAGGAGCGCAGUGUCAAGUCCAGCUGUAAUGGUACCUGUAGCAACAAGGAAGACAAGGAAAACAUUCCCCAGGACAGCAGCACAGUCUCCAAACGCUUCCGUUUCGAUGAUUCACUGCAGUAUCCCCCAGACUUCAUGACAGACUUAGUAUGUUAAUGUGUAACAGACCUUUUAUAACAUGAAUUCAGCAUAAUCUAUUCCAGUGGUGAAUAUGAGAUUAUGGUUUGCCCAUUCGUGCCUCAUUGGCAUACUGGAAAUGC